UCCUAGCAGAGUGAGCAGCCAGCAAGCCAAGUAAAGCUCGUUGAAAGAGCAAAAACCCAACAAAUCGCAAAAUCCUAAGCUUCUUAAGGAAAAAAUGCCCAUAAUCUCCUUUCCUUUCUAUGCCAAUGUAAACCUGCCAAUUCAAAGCUGUUCAAUUAGACGACACAAUUGGUUUGUAUAUCAUGGCAUUGGCAGUGGCAGUAGAAGCUUUGAUUUGGGCUUGGGUUGCAGCGAAUCUCAAUUCUUUUGCAACACCCCUAAUUUUGGUGUUGGUGCCAUCAAGAGGGAAGGCCGUCGCAGCGGCCUUAUCAGGGCCGCUGGCUCUGACUAUUAUACCACUUUGAACGUCAGUCCCGGCGCCACUUUGCAAGAGAUUAAGGCGUCUUACAGGAAGCUUGCACGCAAGUAUCAUCCAGAUAUGAACAAGAGUCCUGGAUCAGAAGAGAAGUUCAAAGAGAUUAGUGCUGCAUAUGAGGUCCUAUCAGAUAAUGAGAAACGAUCUUUAUAUGAUCGCCUUGGUGAGGCAGGUUUACAAGGAGGAUAUGAUGGAUCAGGUGGUGCUUCACCAGAGGUUGAUCCAUUUGAAGUGUAUAAUGCAUUCUUUGGCGGUUCAGAUGGUUUCUUUGGUGGAAUGGGUGAACCAGGAGGCUUUAGCUUCGAUUUGAGAAAUAAGGGAAACAACAGUCUUGACAUUCGGUAUGACCUUUAUUUGAACUUUGAGGAAUCCGUGUACGGAGGAGAGCAUGAAAUUAAGAUAUCCUGUCUUGAAACAUGUGAUGAUUGCGGUGGAACAGGUGCUAAAUCUAGUAGUUGCAUAAAAUCAUGCAGUGGUUGUGGGGGUAGAGGAGUGGUCAUGAAAUCUCAAAGGACUCCGUUUGGAAUGGUAUCACAGGUUUCUACUUGCUCAAAAUGUGGUGGCAAUGGCAAGAUAAUCACUGAUAAAUGUCGAAGAUGUGGUGGCAGCUGUAAAGUAAAGGUGAAACGAAGUAUGAGAGUCAUCAUACCGCCUGGUGUUAGUGACGGUUCCACAAUGCGAAUACAAGGAGAGGGCAAUUUUGAUAAGAAAAGGGGAUUAGCUGGUGAUCUCUUCAUAGUCCUCCAUAUACGUGAAAAGCAAGGAAUUUGGAGAGAUGGCCUCAAUCUUUACUCAAAGAUCAAUGUUGACUACACCGAGGCAAUACUCGGGACAGUGGUGAAGGUAGAAACUGUUGAAGGUAUGAAAGAUCUUCAAAUCCCCUGUGGGAUUCAGCCUGGUGAUAAAGUGAAACUCUCACGCCUGGGGAUUCCAGAUGUCAAUAAACCUUCAGUUAGAGGUGACCAUCACUUUAUCGUGAAUGUUCUGAUCCCGAAAGAUAUCAGUAACAAAGAGCGUGCACUUGUUGAGGAAUUGGCUUCACUCAAAUCAUCUAGCAAAAGCUAUCCUUCAUCUGAUGGGAUGAAUGAAGUUAGUGCAUCAAAAGAGUGUGCUUCAAGCAAAAGGGUUAAUGGCGUUUCAUCUUUGUGGAACUCAAUUAAGGCCUUCUUGGGGCAAAGGCAGCCGGGAGAAGGGUUUGCAUCAAUUACUGCAGUCACAUCAGCAUCACUGUGGUCUCGCAGCAAGCCAGAUCUCGUAUUAACAGUUUCAUAUUUUGCGAUUUUCUUAUAUACCUGUAUCUUUACCUGUACUCAUAGGAUAAAAAACGACUUGCGGUUGAGACGAAGGGAACACUCAUCAUAGAAAACUAAAAGAGCACUAAGACGAGAUCUCCAGACAUGAGUAAUUAGAGGAAUCUAACAGGUUCAAAACUUGUAGUAGACAUGCGACUGUUGACAUCGUAUAAAUCACAGGUUCAUAUAAAUGCCAAA